UAAUCAGUGAAAUUUAAGUAUUUAUAACGAAAAGGUCGUGAUCCCCGUUAUUCAUCCACUCAAUUUUCCCGUAAAACUUAUCCUUCAAUUGAACCAGAAAAAUGAUGCGUUCCGAGUAGUUUUAUUUGUACCGAGUGUCUUUACUACUUUACUUGAUCAUUGGUUUAAUUAUGCAAUUCAGCCAGUUAACUUUAUUGAUGGGCCAGCUUUGUGAACGGUGGAAGUGUUGAUAGUGAUUAAAUAAAAACCGUUGAAUUACAAGUAAUAAUUAAUUCGGUGGUGUUCCGAAUGUGCCACGACAAGAUGAAUAUUUACAUUUGGACAAUAACUUUCUGUGUGUGCUUUACACUUACACAAACCCAAAUUUGUAAAAAAGACUCUCGAUGUAAAGUGAGCCGAAUCAGCGGAAUGAAAGCGGUCGACUGCCGCAAUAAAGACAUGGGGACAAUUUCGCAGUGUCUACCGAAUGAUGUUGAGAUAAUCGACCUUUCUCGGAACCGAAUCCGCAAAGUGACCCAAGACGACUUAAGGAAAUAUUCGAAUUUGAAAAUGCUGUACUUAGACGACAACAUGAUAAUGACUAUCGACGAAGAAAGUUUCGAGGGAAAAGAUUACUUACAAACAAUAGAUCUGACACUUAACGGCUUGACGAAAAUUCCCUCCGUAAUAUUUCACCUUCCCUCACUGCAAGUUCUCUACUUGAGACAAAAUUUAAACAUCAACGUUGCUGAUGCCAUUGAGAAGGCGAAACCCAUAACCAGCCCUUUGCUUCGCCUGGACAUCAGUUAUAUAAUGACCGAAGAACCGGACCAAUUGCCCGAUUUGGGGACAAUCCCAACUUUGGAACAGUACAACAUAUCGGGAAACAAACUCUCGUCACUCAAACCCAACCACUUUGCCGGUCUCUGCAAUUUAAAAAUUUUAGAUACUACCAAUAUGUCGAUCCAGUACGAGGAACCGUGCGACUGUUGGACUAUAAAUCGCUGGCUGAAAGAUCGCAAAGUCGCGUUUAAAAGCUUCGAAUGUGGCGUGCCUCCAACAGAUUGUCUAGAAGAGGUUCCCCCUGAGGAUUUGGAAAUUUAUUCCCUAUGCCGGCAAAUCUACGAAGAAAAUAUCAAAAAGUCCAAAAUGAAGACCGUUUUGUGGAUUGUUAUUCCGAUAGUUGUGGUACUUUUUGCAAUUAUUACUUUUUUCAUCGUCAGGAGGAGGCAGAAGCAACGGCAAAAGCACAGAGACAAGAACAACAGAAGUCAGGAAAUCGGGCUUUGUAAUAAUGUUUCGAAAACAUGAGCGUUGUCAUUAGACCAGUUUGUGAUUUGUUCGUUAAUUUGUUAUAUUUGAUUAAAAUGGUUACCACAUAUCUUCGCUUGAGCAAAUAUCAGCAGGUAGAACUUACUGUAGAAAUGACUAAUUUCGCUGUGAUAUGCUAGCUAAUAAAAUUAGUGUUCGCGUUUGGUAAAUAAUGUAUAUAUUUAUUAAUAAAAGUGUUUACGUAUA